AGUGCUAAUUUUUCGCAAAUUGUUUACACAGAGACACAAAAUUUUCCUCCAACGCAAAUGUGAUAAAAACAACUGAAAUAACUCCCUAAUUUAGUGAAUCUCCAGUGAAGGAAUCUCAUCAGGAACCAAAGAAGCAUCCCAGACAGGCAUGGGGCAGACUAAGAGCCAAUUUACAGAGGAAGAACUACAAGACUAUGAGGAUUUAACUUUCUUCACAAAAAAGGAGAUUUUGUGUGCUCACAAGAAGUUCAAAGCUCUGGCACCGGAAAAGGUUGGACACAACAAGAAUGCAAAGCUCUCAAUGCACAAGAUCCUGCAGUAUCCUGAACUACGCGUGAACCCCUUUGGGGAUAGAAUUUGCAAAGUCUUCAGCUCAAGCAGCGAUGGGGAUUGUACGUUUGAGGACUUCCUGGACAUGAUGUCCGUGUUCAGUGAUGCAGCCCCGAAGACAGUGAAGGCGGAACAUGCCUUCAGGAUCUUUGAUUUCGACGGAGACGACAUGCUGGGCGUCAGUGAUCUGCGGCAGGUGAUUGAGCGACUAAUUGGGGAUGGGAAUACCCUCACGGACAACGAUGUGAAGCUCCUCAUUCAAACUAUUCUCGAUGAGGCUGAUCUCGAUGACGACGGGGCGCUCUCCUUUGCUGAAUUUGAGCACAUCAUCGACAAAUCUUCGGAUUUUUCCAACUCCUUCCGUAUUCGUCUCUAGUUCACGGUAGCCCCCCCCCCCUACACACUUCCGGACUCUAAUCCUAGUGAUUUUUUUUUAUACACAGUAUUGUAAUUAUACAACAAAUACAACAUUUUCUCGAAUAAUUCUUCCACUCGAAUAAAAACUUCCAUAAAGAA